AUUGGUCGUAUCAUUUCUCAUUGUAGGAUCAGUAUACAAAUUGCCCCGAGUUUAUAUGUGUAUAAUUAACAAUAGAAGUUUCGUUUUACAAUAAGAAUUUGUGAUUAACGACUCAUAAAAAAUAUAAUUGCCUUUAAUUUGUGAAAUGUUCCCUGACGUAACUUCAAAGUCACGUAGAACAAGAAUUAAAGUAUGACUUAACCUAAAUUUUUCGUCCUUAAAAGCCAGUUGGAAAAAUAAUUUCAUCCUACAAUCGUGUUCGUCAGUUAAAAAUUCAACUUAAUAUUUCAUAAAAAUAAAAAUUUGCAUUCAGUUAAAAGUACUUUGUGAUAAUUUUAAUGUUAAAAGUGACAUAUUGUAAGGAACCUAACCUAACAUAUUUGUGGAAUUUGAUCUUCAAGUCUUCAUAUUUAACUAAUUUAUCAUUAGCGUAUGUCAAAAUCAAUUGAAAUUGACUUCAAGUUUAAUAAAUUUUAAUAAACAUAAUUGAUCAAUGAAUGACACGUGCUUUACAAUUGAACAUUUGUCGCUUUUUUAUUACGUCAGCGUUCAUUUGUAAUAUAAUUGUGCAGGAAAAUGAUAAGAUUAAGGAAAAAAGUCAAUUAACCCCUAUCAGACAAUUAUAAUCGAAAGGUGUGAAAAUGUUGACUCAAAAAUUGAGUAAUCGACGAAUUUUUGUUGAUAUUUUGGCAUUACUAUUUGGACUUGGAGCUUGGAUUGGAAUUAAUGGAAUUUAUGUGCAAUUGCCAUUGUUGGUAAAUAAUGCACCUGAAGGAUGGUCUCUUCCGGCUUACAUGGUGAUGUUGGUGCAAAUUGCCAAUUUGGGACCAAUUCUUUACACCUUGUACAUUAAAUAUUCGUCAUGCAUUGGAGAUCAGACGAUAAUCUACUGUCUCCUGGGAUCCGCGGUGGUAUCAACCUACGCCCUCUCAUCCCUCUACGACAAAACAUCGGGGAUCUUUGGCGAGGAACACUCCACAUUCCUCCUGGGACUGAUGUUCAUCACUGCCGUUGUCGGUUGCACAAGUUCAGUCCUCUUCAUGCCCUACAUGCGAAACUACCGCGAAAUAUACCUAAUAUCAUACCUCGUAGGUGAGGGUUUAAGUGGUUUUAUCCCCAGUAUCGUUGCCCUCAUCCAGGGUGUCGGUGGUAACCCCAAGUGCGUCAACGUCACCAAAUGGAAUUCCACUCUUGAAUUCGAGACCCAUUAUCCCGAACCACGUUUCACGACGAAAACAUUCUUUCUAUUUCUAGCAACCUGUUUGCUUUUAUGUUUCGCCGCUUUUCUAGGACUCAAUAAAUUACGCAUCGCGAAAGGUGAACGAGUACGUCCUCUAGAUUGUACCGAAAAUCUACCAACCGAUAUGAAUGCACCGCCGAGCUAUAAAACAAAUACCCUGUGGACAAUGUCUAGGAGAACUUACAAAAAUCUUCUGAUAAUGAUGGGACUCGUUUGUUUUCUAGGCAACGGAAUGUUACCAAGUAUUCAGUCAUUCUCAUGCUUACCGUAUGGAAAUAUCGCUUAUCAUUUAACAGUGACCCUAUCCUCAAUGGCUGGUCCCCUGGCAAUGUGCUCGGGUUUCGUCAUCAAAAAUCCCCAGAUUAAGAAUCUUCAAGUACUGACCCUACUGACACUGUUGUUAUCAAUCUUCGUCUUCUUUCUCGCACUAAAAUCGCCAAACCCACCGUUACAAUAUUCGUGGCUCGGUGAAAUGAUUGUCGUCAUUGCUUGGGUCGGAGUUUGCGGACUGAUCGGUUUUAUUAAAAUGGGCAUCACAACUUUAUUCCGUCCGGAUCCGGGUAAGGGCCUCUAUUACACCGGGGUCGCCACUCAAGUUGGCUCUCUCAUUGGAGCUUUAAUUACCUUUAGUCUAGUCAAUUAUGUUCGACUCUUUGAAACGUACUCUCCAUGUUCCUUACUUGAGAACCAGUGAUUUUUUUCCAUCUCACUCUAUCAUUUUUAUAGUUUAUCAUUAUACUUUAUAAUUUUUUAGAAUAUUAUGUUUCAAAUUUCGGGAAAUUUUUUACAUAUGACCCACCGGAAAGUAAAACCACUUUUCGGUGGCUUAUAUUGCUUCCUCAUAGAGGAAGGAUUGCAUAUUUUAAAAAUCUAUUGCAAUCUUCUGUUUGGAUUGAAUACUUUGAAUCUUCCUGAAAAAUUUUUCCUGGCUACGAAUUGUCAGGGAAAACAACUUCGAAGGUUAAAAUUUUUUGUUGCCUUUGACUUAAUAUCGAAUGUUAUUUUCCACUUUUUCCGGUGAUAUAGUUUAUAGUGACGUAUUGUGAAAAAACGGCGUAUACUUAAGAUUGAACCAAAAUUAUGAUUUUAGGCCUCCUCCAAAUAAUUUUUUAUUAACUGUACUAUUUUUUAUUAUUACUACUAUUAUCAUUAUUAUUAUUAUUUUUUGUAGUCGGAAGUGGAAAAUCUGCAAAAGUUCAAACGCCUGGAUUAAAUCCAAGAUUUUGUGAGGAUAACCGCUCUUGUUCUGGUCGACCCUCUAAAAACCACUUCCGUCUUACUCUAGACUAUUUUUCAAUCCACGGAACUAUUUAUUACUAGUACUAUUUUUAUUAUUAUUAUUAAUAUUAUUAUUUUUAGUUUUUACUAUUAUUAUUGUUAUUAUUAUAAUUAUUAUUUAUAUUUUUACUAUUACAGGGUGGUCACAAGUUUCAGU